AUGGGGGAGGGGAAGGGGGAAGGUCGAUCCUUGGAACAAACACCCACAUGGACUGUGGCUACAGUGAUCACUGCCAUGGUUUUAAUUGUGUUGAUCUUUCACAGCUCAAUGAAACAUUUUGGAAAGUGGUUGGAUAGGACUAGAAAGAAGUCUAUACUUGCUGCUUUGGAGAAGAUCCAAGAAGAGCUCAUGCUUUUUGGGCUUAUGUCAUUGUUGAUGGGUCACUGGAUUGUUUUUGUGGCCAAGAUUUGUGUUAAAACUUCUUCAUCGGCCUUCAGCAGCAAAUUCUUUCCUUGUGCUUUGGAUGAAGAUAUCAGUUCGAGUCGUGAGUAUCUAGACAAGUCUGUUUCUAGAGAGGAAGUAGAACCAAAGUUUCAUCAAUAUUGUCCUGAGGGUGAGGAGUCCUUUGCUUCUUAUGAAAGUCUUGAACAGCUUCAUCGGUUAAUAUUCGUGCUUGGCAUGACUCAUGUUGUUUACAGUUUCUUUGCCAUUGUCCUGGCCAUGAUUAAGAUAUAUAGCUGGAGAACAUGGGAAAAUGAAGCUAAAGCCAAGGCAUUUCAGAGCUUAGAAGGUAACCCAGAAACUAGACAAAUCAGAAGAUUGUCAACAUUCAUAGUUCACCAUGUGUCCCAUCCAUGGAGCCAGCACAAGUAUCUUGUUUGGCUGCUUUGUUUCAGCCGCCAGUUCUGGAGUUCCAUAAACCGACCUUCUUAUAUGGCUUUGCGAUUUGGAUUCAUCACUACUCAUAAGCUUCCAUUGAUAUAUGAUUUCCAUAAUUAUAUGUUACGGAGCAUGGAGGAAGAAUUUCGUGAUAUUGUUGGUAUCAGUAUACCUCUCUGGAUAUAUGCCAUAUGUUGCAUUAUACUAGAUUUUCAUGGAAGUAACUUGUACUUUUGGCUUUCCUUCCUUCCAGCUAUUUUGAUCUUGCUUAUGGGUACAAAACUGCAUCGGAUAGUGGUAAAAUUGGCUGUGGAAAUCAUGGAAGAAAGUCCAUAUAUGGAAAAUCAUCAGUUCAAACUAAGGGAUGAGCUCUUUUGGUUCAAGAGGCCACGGCUUCUUUUACGGAUAAUACAACUGAUAUCCUUCCAGAAUGCAUUCGAGAUGGCUACGUUCACCUGGUCUCUGUGGGAAAUUAAACAUCCUUCAUGUUUCAUGGACAAUCAAACUUUCCUUGUGAUCCGCUUGACAUUUGGGAUACUCUCCCAGUUCUGGUGUAGCUUCAGUACAUUCCCACUCUAUGUUAUCAUCACACAAAUGGGUUCAAGGUUCAAGAAAGCUGUAGUUUCCGAAAAUGUUAGACGAUCACUAUAUGGAUGGAAAAGGAGAGUGAAGGCUAGACAAAGUCCUUCAUCUAGUACGGUUGGACUCCUCAGUUCACCAUCUUCAUUCACAUCAGAUUCUAGCAAAGUUUAUGGUUCUGCCUCAAGAAGCAUGGAAGGGAGCACAGUCCCCUCCUGCAGGGUCCAAAAAACAUCUUUCCCACAUGGUAACUCCAGUGUGCAGCUUGGUCAAGUUAGUGAGGGCUACGAGAAGUUAGAGUCUGAGCUCGGAUCGCCAACGCUCGCUGCCCUGAUGAGUGACUAUGACCUUUAUGAGGAAGAUGAAGAAGAUGAUUACCAUGAGGAUGACAACAGUAGAGGAUGACUUGUGUCUCAAUCAACCACCUUGUGGAACAUCACUAGAGGCUAGAGCAACUGCUUUUGUAUAGACUUAUAAAUUCAGUAACAAC